CAUGUCUGCUUUGCAGAAGUCAAUGGAAUGAAAUAGCUUGAGUUCAUAGAUUUGUAACAAAAAGUUUUAAGAUGACUCAAAUCGAUACAAAAAUAAUCUAGAUCUAGUCUAGAUUUUACUACGAAAUACUUUACUACGCAAUACUUAAGCAUUAAUUAAUAUCACCGUCUAAUUACACAUAGUUUAUUUUUCCCGCCAUAAAGAUUUGAGUAUAGAAUUUUGUUUACAAAGGGCCAACCCAAAAAAAAAAGGUAUGCUGACCGAAAGGAAUAUCACCCUAAGUGAUGAAACAACAUCGACUACUUUCGGUGAGGAGAUGUGUGUUAUGAAAUAUCGUCUGUACUAUAGCACAGAGAUCAAGAACAUAACGUUCCACUGUGACAAUGGAUGCUGUGGUCGACUCAAUAAACAAUACUGCUGUCUUAGUACGCCAGCAUUUCUUGGUUUCAUUAUGACCACAGCUAUUGUGGGCUUUUUGUGUUUGGCAGCAGUCUCUAAUUAUGUCCUCAACAAGUGUGACAAGCACCUGAGAUUUACCAAGAAAGGAGUGGAUAAAAAGACGGGUCCAAGUGUACCGGGUUCUCCAGUAUACCGCCCACCUCAGUGGACUACGGCAAACAGCGGAGUACCGUUACCUCAAUACUCUUGUGUUCCUCCACAGCCGUACAGCUACGCCAACGCAGCUGGUUAUGGCUACCCUAUGGCCCCGCCUUAUUCGUACAUGGGGGCCACAGCUGGGCCUCAGGUUCCCUUGUAUCCAAACGUGGGGCCUUAUGAGGCACCAAAACCGCCCGUGUAUCCGAACAUGCUUCUCGCUGAAGACAACCACCAGCCUGCCCAAGCCCAGGUGCCUUUAGUAGGGGACCAACAGCUCAACCCGCCGGCCUAUCCAGGAACUUUGCCACCUUCAGCACCCGUCGGUCAACACCAGGGCGCUGGCAAUUUUUAAAGUAUUUUGCCGGUUUUCUAUCAGGUGCAGAAAAAAAAAGAGAAUAAUACUGUAGUUUAUAAUGUUGUGUUUACUUCCAAUGUACCAGUCAGGUGUGUCUAAACACCAAAAGUGUUUAUUCACUGCUGAACUAGCUACUGAUUUUACGCACUAAACGUUUUUCAAUCUUACUUCUUCUUUUUUUCAACCAACAUUUGUUUAUUAACUGAUUAUUAAAUCUAAAUUUAUAAAACGCAAUAAAAGAUGAAGUUUAGUUCAUA